UGAUGACAGAAGUGUAGUUUCAGUAAACGUGAUUUCAAAUUUUAUGAUAAAAACAACAAAAAUAUCAAGGGCACCUUAGUUAACAUCAAUAACAUCUCGUAUUAAACCAAGAUGGAAGUAACCGACGAGAAUCUGGCUACCUUAGCAAACUACUUGCAUCAAACUCUGAAUCCUGAUCCUAACGUGCGGCGACCCGCGGAGAAGUUUUUGGAGAGUGUGGAAGUGAACCAGAACUAUGCCAUCCUGCUGUUACAUCUGGUGGACAAGGAGACAGUGGACAGCACCAUCCGGGUUGCCGCUGCCAUCGCCUUCAAGAACUACAUCAAGAGGAACUGGCCUGUGGAAGAAGACAGCACUGACAAGAUCCACGCUUCAGACCGAGCCACAAUCAAGACCCUCAUUGUCUCCCUCAUGCUGAAGUCCCCGGAAUCGAUACAGCGGCAGUUCAGCGAUGCCGUCUCCAUCAUUGGCAAGUGCGACUUCCCGGAGAAGUGGCCAGGGCUCAUUCCGGAGAUGGUUGAGAAGUUUGCGACAGGCGACUUCCACGUGAUAAAUGGCAUUCUUCGCACGGCGCACUCUCUGUUCCGUCGUUACAGGAUCGAGUUCAAGUCGCAGAAACUGUGGGAGGAAAUCAAACAUGUGUUGGACAACUUUGCUAAACCGCUCACUGACUUGUUCGUUGCAACCAUAGACCUAACAACAAAGCACGCAGACAACCAACAAGCCCUCCGAGUAAUCUACGGCUCCCUAGUGCUCAUCUGCAAGGUCUUCUAUUCCCUCAACUACCAAGACCUGCCAGAGUUCUUUGAAGACAACAUGCCUAUCUGGAUGCCGAACCUGCUGAACCUGCUGCAAGUCAAAGUGUCGUGUUUGGAAGAUGAUGGUGACGAAGACCGGCCAGGUGUGAUGCAAGAUCUUCGUUGCGAAGUAUGCGAGUGUGCGGCCUUGUAUGCUCUGAAAUACGAAGAAGAAUUUGCACCGCACGCUCCUGGUUUUGUCACGGCGGUGUGGCAUGUGCUACUGGCUACAGGACCUCAGGCCAAAUAUGACGCACUGGUAUCAAACGCCCUCACAUUCCUGGCCAAGAUAGCAGAGAAGAACAGCUACAAGAGUCUCUUCGAAGACCCGGCGACCCUCAGCAGCAUCUGCGAGAAAGUGGUCAUCCCUAACAUGGAGUUCAGAGAAUCCGAUAUGGAGCUCUUCGAAGACAACCCAGAAGAAUAUGUACGGAGAGAUAUAGAAGGUUCAGACGUGGACACUAGACGUAGAGCCGCCUGCGACCUAGUACGAACACUAGCUCAGCAUUAUGAAGAGAAGAUGAUGAACAUUUUUGGCCAAUAUGUGCAGCUAAUGUUAGCGAAGUACGGGUCGCAAGGAGCCUCCGCCUGGCGCGGGAAGGACGCCGCCAUGUACCUGGUGACGUCACUGGCGUCGCGGGGCUCCACGCAGGCCAGCGGCGUCACGCGCGCCUCGCCGCUCGUCGACCUGCUGCACUUCGCCACCGAGCACGCCGCGCCCGAGCUGGCUAGGCCCGAUGUAAACGAGCUGCCGGUGCUAAAAGCGGAUGCCAUCAAAUACCUGAUGACGUUCAGGUCUCUCCUGCCGAAGGAACUGCUGGUCAAUGCCUUCCCUCUGCUGAUUGAACACAUAAAAGCACGCGGCGUCGUCUGCACAUACUCCGCCUGCUGUAUAGAGAAGCUCAUCGGAGGUGGAAUGAUCACCAAACCGUCGUUAGAACCACACGCUGCUGCGUUACUUACGACGCUAUUCGCAGCGUUAGGCGACCAUGCUUCACCUGAGCAACAUAAUGAAUAUGUCAUGAAAGCGAUCCUCCGUACACUAUCGUGCCUGCAAGAGUCCGCGCUACCUUUCCUCGGCACAGCGCUGCCCAAACUCGCCCUAAUGUUGUCCGUGGUCGCCAAGAACCCUUGCAAGCCGCACUUCAACCACUAUCUCUUCGAGACACUCUCCUUGGCAGUUGCACUGGUGACCAAGUCAAAUCCUAACGCCAUCACCGCUUUCGAAGACGCUCUGUUCCCGAUCUUCCAAGAAAUCCUGCAAAAUGACGUACAAGAAUUCAUGCCGUACGUGUUCCAAAUGCUGUCCCUCCUGCUGGAGCUGCGCGGCGCCGCGCCGGCGGGCUCGGGCUCGGGGGCGGGCUCGGGCUCGGGCUCGGGCUCGGGCUCGGGCUCGGGCUCGGGCUCGGGCUCGGGCGCCGGGGACGCGUACGGCGCGCUGCUGCCGUGCCUCGUGGCGCCGCCGCUGUGGGAGCGCGCCGCCAACGUGCGCCCGCUCGUCAGGCUGCUCUGUGCGUUCGUCACUGCGAGAGGCGAACUCAUAUUACGAGAGGGGAAACUUAAUGCCAUGCUGGGUGUGUUCCAGAAGUUAAUAGCGUCGAAAACGAACGACCACGAAGGCUUCUAUUUAAUACAGACCAUGCUGUUCAAAUUCGGAGAAUCCACAAUGCAGCCAUACACGAAGCAGAUCAUGACACUCCUCUUCCAGCGUCUAUCGUCAUCCAAGACCACUAAAUACGUUCGUGGGCUCAUAGCUUUCCUUGGCUUUUACGCGGCGCAUUUCGGUGCCGACAAACUUAUAGAUCUCGUGGAUUCUGUUCAAAAUGGCAUGUUCGCGAUGUACAUGGAGCGUGUACUUAUCCCUGACCUACAAAAGGUGGACGGCGUACUAGAACGCAAGGCGGCCGCCGUCGGUUGCGUCAAACUUCUCACCGAAGCUAACCAUAUGAGGCAAGGACCCCUCGCACCGUUGUGGCCACCGCUCAUGCAGGCGCUGAUCUCCCUAUUCGAGUUACCAACGGACUCCACGUCACUACCCGACGACCACUUUGUAGAGGUGGACGACACGCCCGGCUACCAGGCGCAAUACUCGCAGCUGACCUGCGCUAAGGGCGCCAACAGCGAUCCCCUAUCAGUGAUCACGGACCCCUUGCGCUACCUGGCUCUCGGCCUCGGCGCCCUGUCGCGCGCGGCGCCCGGCCUGCUGCCGCCGCGCGUGGCCGCGCUGCCGGAGCCGCACAAGAACGCGCUCCACGGCUACCUGCAGCGGUACAACGUACAGAUAUGCUAGAUGCAUUUCUAAUUGUACACGUAACAUUCAGUUUCAUUUUUAUGAUCUUCAAAAAAAUGUGACGGUUUCCAGAUUGCUAAACUUCAAUACCUAAUUUGUCUUCACGCUAUUUGGCAAUGAUACAGCGUAGCUAAGCUAUAGGCGUUCGAUUCGUAGCUGGCCCCGAAGGGUCCUUUGUCUAUUGUUAAGUAAAACCGCACGUGCUACUUUCCUGCAAUAAAAAAGCUUGGGUCGUUUUAUUCGGUUAUUAAAUUACGACUCUAUGGUAAUUGGAAUAAGAUUCAAAAUGAAUUAAUGGAAUAAUAUUUUGCGAGGCUGUGUGUGGUCCCUCUACGGUUACCGAGUGCCGGCGAGUUGAACGCUACAGAACCAGUCUAAAAUGUGUCAUCGAGAUGCGUAACUGAACAAAGGUGCGUUAUCGGAGAGCGCACUUACAUUGGUUAUUUGAGCGUUGGAUUAACUAUCCCGCGUGCAGGUGCCAAUUAGAAUUAGUCAUACUUGUUAUGAACAAAAUGCUGCACUUCAUGAUAAAAGCAAGCCGCUUUGCACAGUGAUAGUAGGGACCAAACUGAGCGAUUUGACCCGCAGCAGCGGCAGUUUCACCCCUUAGGAACAGAGAUGGCGCCACUUCUUUAAAAAAUAUUUCAAAAAAUUCUACAAGCUAAACCAAUGAACCGAUUUAAAUGUUUAAUAUCUCAAAUGAAAGCGCAUUAUAUACAUUACUUUCAAAAAAAUACUCAAAAAUUAUAUACUCAAUACUUUUGAUAAAAACGGGAAUUUUAAGUUUGUUUUUUUACUCGAUUGAUAGUUUUUACUUGAUUUCUCAAAAAAAUUGUAUGGAAUAUGAAUAGUUUAAUGCAUGUAUAUAUUACUGAAUAAAUAACAAGUAUUAUAAAAAAAACCCGACACCGAUAUCUCUCAUACUUCUCGAAAUAUGAAAGUUUGAAUGUGAGUGUAAAUUUUUUCAAGAUAUAUUCCAAAUUAUUCUACAAGCUAAACUAUUCGACCGAUUUUAAUGUUUAAUAUCUCAAAUAAAAGCUCAUUAUAUAUACUACUUAUAAAAAAAUAUUCAAAAAACAUAUACUGAAUACUUUUGGCAAAAAACGGCAUCUUAAGUUUUUUUUCUUGCUCGAUUGAUAGUUUUUACUUGAUUUCAUAAAAAAAAAUUAUGGAACAUGAAUAGUUUAAUAAAUAUAUAUAUAGUACUGAGUAUAUAAAAGUAUUACAAAAAAACCCGACACCCAUACCUUUCAUUCUUCACGAAAAAUUUAAGUUCAAUUAUGCACAUUCUUACAAAUAAAUUCUUUAAAAGAAAUCUUCAACCGCAGUAAGUGCACUGAUUUUAAUAUAAAAUGUGUCAUAUGAAAAGAAAUCACCCAAUUUAUUUUAAUGAAUAAAAAAAUAAUAAAUAAAAACUGAAUAAAGUUUUUUCCUGGUGCUGAAUUACAAAAAAAUAUAACAAAUCUAAAAUUAGGAAUUAUUUUUAUUUAAAGUGACUACAUUUGUAAACAAAAAACUUAAAUGUCCUCUUCGGGUUCACCGCUAGAUGUAGAACUGAAAAAAAAAUCGUUUUGAGAAGUACUCGUACCAUUUCAAUACUACAAAAUCACCGAUCAUACAUGAACUGGUUGCUGUAGAUUACUGUUGGAAAAUUUUUGUGCCUGUAGAUUUACUGUUGAAUUAUUUUUGUGCCUAGUUGAUUACCAUUAAACCUAUAAUUUUGUGCCAGACCUAUAAUCAGUGGUCAGCAUGCAAAAUAACUCUGGAUUGAAAAUUACAUUAACUUACUUUUGAUUUGUACAGCCACCUUUGCAUGAUUUACACUGGGCUGUGCAUGGUAAGCUGACGCGACGACACUCACAACGCAUAGUUUCGCAGCCAGAUUUGCAGCCACAAUGGUCCAAGAGGCUUAAUUGCGACCAAAUCGCUGUAACUGCCGACCAUUCCGGAGUCCAACUCUCUUUCUUCAGUCCAUCCCCAAGAAGAUGGACAUGCUAUGGAAACUUCUGGUUUCAUAGCGUUUCCCCAUAUAUGGCCCGCUUGGUAAGCGGCUCGAAGUGCAUGUUUAUAGAGAGCAGCUGAUGUAGGUGGCAGGCUUGACACAAGCUUGUUUUUGAAGCAAACAAAUAUUUGUGAACUUCAUUUACGUUUAUGUGUUCCGUUUGGCGAAACAAUAACACAAAUCUAGGGUUACUUUAUACUAAAAUUAAAAUAUGUAGUUACACACCUGACAACUGACAAAAUCAAAAACUUAAAAGUUGACAUACUUCUAUUUUCCCGUCUUUUUAUAGUGGCCAGAGAAAGGCAGCUUGAUCUGAACGAAUUCUUCCAGUACGAAAACCAAAUUUGUCCACCUUCGUUGUGAGUCAAUGGAGGGCUUCGUUCAGGGAACAAAUCUGAUUUGGCCGAGAAAUUAGAACCUGCCAACCCUGCCACCUACAUCAGCUGCUCUCUAUAAACAUGCACUUCGAGCAGCUUACCAAGAGGGCCAUAUAUGGGGAAACGCUCUGAAACCAGAAGUUUCCAUACCAUGUACAUCUUUUUGGGGAUGGACUGAGGAAAAAGAGAGUUGGACUCCGGAAUGGUCGGCAUUUACAGCGAUUUGGUCUCAAUUAAGCCUCUUGGACCAUUGUGGCUGCAAAUCUGGCUGCGAAACUAUGCAUUGUGGGUGUCGUCGCGUCAGCUGGCCAUGCACAGCCCAGUGUAAAUCAUGCAAAUGUGGCUGUACAAAUCAAAAGUAAGUUAAUGUAAUUUUCAAUCCAGGGUUAUUUUGCAUGCUGACCACUAAUUAUAGGUCUGGCACAAAAUUAUAGGUUUAAUGGUUAUCAACUAGGCACAAAAAUAAUUCAACAGUAAUCUACAGCAACCAGUUCAUGUAUGAUCAGUGAUUUUGUAGUAUUAGAAUGGUACGAGUACUUAACAAAACAACUUUUCUUUUUCAGUUUUACAUCUACCGGUGAACCAUAUAAUUUGACAUCACCUAAUAAUAAUUAGUUGCCCGUUUAUUUUUGUAUUUAAUACACUGACAAUUAUCUGAUUCAAUUCGGCUUAUAUGUAUAGAAACUACUAAAUUUACCAACUUUUAUAUUAUACACAUAGAUUUAAGAUUAGAUCCUAAGUAUGCAUGUAAUAUUGCUAUGCCCCCACGGGGUCCAUGUGGAACUACCAAGAAUUUGUAAUACCUAUAAAACCAUGGUUGCAAUAAAUAAAUAUGAAAUAUGAACCCGAAGAGGACAUUUAAGUUUUUUGUUUACAAAUGUAGUCACUUUAAAUAAAAAUAAUUCCUAAUUUUAGAUUUGUUAUAUUUUUUGUAAUUCACCACCAGGAAAAAACUUUAUUCAGUUUUUAUUUAUAAUUUUUUUAUUUAUUAAAAUAAAUUGGGUGAUUUCUUUUCAUAUGACACAUUUCAUAUUAAAAUCAGUGCACUUACUGCGGUAGAAGAUUUCUUUUAAAGGAUUUAUUUGUAAGAACGUGCAUAAUUGAACUUAAAUAUUUCGUGAAGAAUGAAAGGUAUGGGUGUCGGGUUUUUUUGUAAUACUUUUAUAUACUCAGUACUAUAUAUAUAUUUAUUAAACUAUUCAUGUUCCAUAAUAUUUUUUUUAAGAAAUCAAGUAAAAACUAUCAAUCGAGUAAGAAAAAAAAACUUAAGAUGCCGUUUUUUGCCAAAAGGGUUCAGUAUAUGUUUUAUGAGUAUUUUUUUAUAAGUAAUGUAUAUAAUGAGCUUUUAUUUGAGAUAUUAAACAUUGAAAUCGGUCAAAUAGUUAAGCUUGUAGAAUUUUUUGAAAUAUAUUUUGAAGAAAUUUACACUCGCAUUCAAACUUUUAUAUUUCGUGAAGUAUGAGAGGUAUCGGUGUCGGGUUUUUUUUUAUAAUACUUGUUAUUAAUUCAGUAAUAUAUACAUGCAUUAAGCUAUUCAUGUUCCAUACAUUUUUUUUGAGAAACCAAGUAAAAACUAUCAAUCGAGUAAAGAAAAAAAACUUAAGAUGCCGUUUUUUGUCGAAAGUAAUCAGUAUAUAUUUUUGAGUAUUUUUUUAAAAGUAAUGUAUAUAAUGAGCUUUCAUUUGAGAUAUUAAACAUUUAAAUCGGUUCAUUGGUUUAGCUUGUAGAAUUUUUUGAAAUAUUUUUUAAAGAAGUGGCGCCAUCUCUGUUUCUAAGGGGUGAAACUUGCGCUGCUGCGGGUCGAGUCACUCAGUUUGGUCCCUACUAGCACUGUGCAAAGCGGCUUGCUUUUAUCAUGAAGUGCAGCAUCCGGGCAAAAAAUGGCCAUAACAAGUUUGACUAAAUUGUACGACCCUUUUUUUGCAGGUAGUAUCACGUGCGGUUUUACUUAACAAUAGACAAAGGAUUAACCGUUCGGGGCCAGCUACAAAUCGAACGACUAUACCGUACCUUACAAGAAGCGUGCGAAUCUUUCCAUUGCUUCAUUUUUGUUUUACACGCCUUAGAGAGGCGCAUUGCGACAUCUAAAAAAAAUGUUAUAUCUUAACGGCACCAGAAUCCCAAGUUGUACUGAGAAUUCACCAGUAACAAUAUAUUAAACUUCAUUAAACUAAAUUUCAUCAAGCGGGUACGUCUGCGAGCGAUACUACAAUGUUUUAUAUUAUAGAAAUGAAAAGAUUCGGACGCUUUUGGUAAGCUUUGGUAACUUAGUUGGUUAGAAGCUAACCAAUCGGUGUUCCGAAAAGGCGCAAGUGCGAGUCUUGCACUAAGCGGUGAAUUUUUCCAUUUUUUUUAAAUAAAAAAGCAAGCACAUUUUCUUUACAAAUUAACCAUAAUGAUCUUAGUUUCUUUGCAAGUGCGAUAAGUAUAAUAGAAUGACAUGCGUGAUAGAAGAAUUGUGAUAUGGUAUGUAUAUGUAACAUUGUGUGUAACGCUGGGCGUUUCUUACUAUUGUAAUAACAUCUGUAACAUUUAGAAUUCAAUGUGAAUUUAUGAGUGUCUAAGGCUAUGUAAAUGUGUAGAUAAUGUAUGUGUAUGAAAGGGAGUUUGAAUGGUAUCAGAGUAUAAUUAUUAAGAUGAUAAACUUUAAAGAAAAACUCACCAAUUUUCAUUAUUUUAAAGUUAUACUUUCAACAAAUAUGAUUGCACUCUGCCCUCUGCCCAGCAGUGGAAUGUAGUGUGUGCUACAGUAAAAAAAAACAUUAAAGAAGAAAAUUUCCAUUGUUUUUUCUUUGACUACAUCAAUACAGGUCGGUCCAAAAAUACGUUGAUAAUUAAUUUUUAAGAAUAUUUUUCUCUCACAUGUCUUUUAAGUCAUCAAAAAUUAAAACUAUAGUCAUUUAACUAAAACAAAACGUAUUAUCUUCAAAAUAUUAUUUAUUAACUUUGAUACACAGAUUUAAACGUUUGUUAAAAUAAUCACUACACCUUAUCAAACAAAGUCCCCUCCGCUUCUGUCUGUUUGUGUGUAUGUAUGUUCGCAAUAAACUCAAAAACUACUGAACGGAUUUUCAUGCGGUUUUCACCUAUCAAUAGAGUGAUUCUUGAUGAAUUCUCUUGAUUCCUGCGCAGUCGGCGAUAUAUCGUAGUAAAAAAAAUAGUCAACGUAUAUUUGGUUCACCCAUAAACUCUGAUAAUAUAACACUUUUGUACUGAGAUGAAAGAUUGUUAAUAUUAGGAAUUAUGACUGAUCAUGAUGUUUUUGUUUGUGACAUGUUAUUUAAAAAUAAAACUACCCUUCUAGUUUCACUCUUCAACUGUUUAGACUUGUUACAAUAAUUGAAUUAUUUGUUUAUGUUAUUGUUAAUUUGAAUGCAUGCCAUUGAAAUAGAGGUUAUGAAUGCAUAUUUUGUACAUUUUUUUGUAAUGUAAUAUGUAUAAUAAAUGCUUUUUCAUCU